UUAUUAUAUUCUUUAAAAAAAAAGGAAAAAGAUUAUUGUCAGAUACCAAAAGAGGAAGGCGAGGUCGUCAAUUAUGGCUUUGCUCGCGUUGUCAGCGUCGUUAAUCUCUCCUUCAAGACUCGCCUGUUGGCGGGUAAAAUCAACAGUGAAAUCCAGCAUAUCGGCGGCGUCGUUUAAGCUUAGAAAUGGAUCGAUAAAAUGCAAGGCAGUUGGUGAUAGCUCUAAGCCUUCGAUCCAACCGACGGUUUACAAAGGCGCUUAUGGUAGCUGGACGGUUGAACCAUCAGACGUUCGAGAGGUGAUUUUAUAUAGACUGGGGCUGGUUACUGCUGCUUCUGCAUUUGUAAUUGCCGCAUCAGAUGCCUUUUUACCCAAUGACUCUCUGUUGGGAGAAGUAAUUAAGCAAAAUCUUGAUCUACUAUACACUUUUGGAGCUGGUGGAUUGGGCCUAUCAUUACUUUUGAUUCACAUCUAUGUAACUGAGAUUAAACGCACCCUUCAAGCUUUAUGGGCACUUGGUGUUGUUGGGUCUUUUGCAACGUACACAAUCCUUGCUAAACCAGCUGACGAAAACUUGAUACAUUAUGUGGUUGAUAAUCCAACAGCUGUCUGGUUUGUUGGCCCAUUGUUUGCAGCGCUGACAGGACUUGUCUUCAAAGAAGGCCUUUGCUAUGGGAAGCUGGAAGCUGGCAUUCUCACAUUCAUUAUACCUGCAGCUCUUCUUGGGCACCUGACAGGUUUAAUGGAUGAUGGACUAAAGCUUGCUCUAUUGGGUUCAUGGAUGGCCCUCUUUGUGAUAUUUGCUGGAAGGAAGUUCACUCAGCCCAUCAAGGAUGACAUUGGUGAUAAAUCUGUCUUCAUGUUUAAUUCUCUCCCAGAAGAUGAAAAGAAAGCCUUGGUAGAGAAACUUGAGCAACAAAAGUUCAGCCAGGAUCUUAGUUAGUAGCAUGAGCCAAACAUGACACCCUUGUUUAAAUAGUGAAAAGGUUCACAUACAAUUUUGACUGACCACUACUUGUAAUAAACUUUAAUUAGCUUAUAAAUAACAUUUGUGUGUAUA